GGUAGUAGUAGUAGUGGUAGUAGUAGUAGUAGUACUAAUAGUAGUAGUAGUAGUAGUACUAAUAGUAGUAGUAGUAGUAGUAAUAACGCAGUGGAUCAGCAGCAGCAGCAGCAGCAGCAGCUGCUCCUGCGGGAAACCCUCGCCAGCGGCAACAAAAGGUGGACAGUCGCCUCGCCUUCCCUCGUGUACUGCAUCAUCAACAGGAAAGCUGCGAAGCAUGCAGCCAUCGUCUUCGACUGCAGGGCACCCUCGUGCUCUGCAGGAGGUUCCAGAGGAGCCACUCAAGACUUUCAUACCCAAAACACAGACGCAAGUCUGAGGAACGUCUCCCACGAGGCAGCAGAAAUUCGACUCCACUAUGGCGUCUCGCCGUGGCGAGGAAGCUCUGACGUUGCGCGCGCUCUCCAAGACUUCAGGGAGGCACCCCCCCUGCUGAGUCUCACGAAGCAGCAACCCCGUUCUCCGGUGUCUCGCUCUGCCGCUGCGAAUCCUGCAGCUCGGAGCAGCGGCUUUAUAUGGCCCCGAAUGCGCAUGCAGACGCUGAAAUUCUUGCGGUCGACAUCCAAGCUGCAGCAGCAGCAGGAGAAGGAAGCAGCAGGGCAGCAGCAGGAGGCUCAACAGCAGCAUUCGGAGGAUCAGCAAGGAGAAGCCAGCAGCGGGGGCAGCGAGGCGAAGGAAAUCGAAACGGCGAACUGCGAAAAGCGGCAGCCCCCCCCCACUGGCACGGACAGAGUCUUGCCACAAACGCGCAGUGUUGACGCCUCUGCCAAUACUGCCUCUGCCACAAGUUGUGCAGGCAAGACAGAUUCGCCUUCUGCCUCGGCAGCUGCUGCGGCUUCCUGCGAAGCAGCGCUGCGAGGAGACGCUUCCGAGGAAGGCCUCCUCAGAGCGAAUUCGCUGGAGGUGAGCGCCACAGAGUGUCUGCUCGCCUUGAGGAGAGUGGCGUCUGCUCAGGUGGGGAAGGCUGCUCUGUGCUGUGUUGUUGUUGAUGCAGUCGACAGAGAACGCCUCGCUUCGGCUGCGCUGCAUCGAAUCUGCUCGCAAGGAAGCCACACAACAGCGGCCACUCCGACUGCAGCAAAUGCAGCGGCAGACCCCGCGGCAAGCGCAGCAGGGAACCCCCCUGCUGCAGCAGCUGGUGCAACAGCAGCAGCUGCUGCUGCAACAGCAGCAGCAGCGGAGGAGGGAGGGGGGCCUCCCUACCUGCAGCAAUGGCUGCGUCAAGUGUGCAAGCUCAAGACGGUGGUAGCCGUCGGCGAGUCGGAUCAAGAUCCCUUGCUGCUGCAGUUUCUGCGGUACCUGCAAGACAGCAACACGCAGUGCACGGAGGCUGUUAUGGGAAACGACACCAAGCAGCACUUCGCGCUCUUCGUGGCAGAUGCUCGAAUUGUUUAUACCAACCAGCAAGCUCUCCGACACUUCGGCAUCCAGGAGGGCUUUACCGUUCUGGAAGUUCCCUUCAACAUCGAGCAGAGACAUUUCCCGUAUGCGGAAGCCGCGGCAUGCAUUCAGAAGGCGCACGACGACAACAUGCCUGUCCUCGUGUUUGACGCCUGCGGGGAUGUCCUUUCACCGGGUGCUGCGGCGAGCUUCCUGGUGAUGUGCGGCUUCGGCGUCAUUAAAGCGAUUUCCCACGUGAAGCGGAAGGCAGACUAUGCCAGGCUCGACAGCUCCGUAGUGACAGAGCUUUACCGCCUCACGGGGGGUAUGCGGCAACCCACGGAAAGAGGAUUAUCCCUGAUAGACGAUGCGGGUCCUCUCCUUGUCUCCUCACCAGUACGUCCUCGAUACGCGGCUUCUUGGUUCAGAGGCGUCGGAAAGGGGGGGGAGGUAGUGAGAGACGCUGCAGUCUUGGGAUACAAAAAUGCUGGGCUGUGA